AUGGAAGCAUGCAUAGUUUCUGGCGGGAAAAAACGCCCUUUAUUUAAAUCCACUGAGCUAUACUAAAUCUGGUUUAAAUUUUUUUUUCCAAUACAAGUCAAAAUCUUCGUAGUAUAUAACACUUCGCACUUUGUUUUACGUAUUAAUUACGUAAAAAGCCGAGAAAUACUAGGGUGAUAUUUUUGGUGUAGUAUAAAUAUAUAUGGAUGGAACAUAGUACUUUUCAUCAAUAUCAGUGUGGAUGAACUUCCUUUGAGGUCUGUGACGAUAGAUUUGUUGUUGGGUGCAGGCUUUCAUUCCUGGAGUGAUUUUGACUUUUCGAGCAAGUGACAGCAACAGGCUUGACCGAAGGUAUGAAGCGUUAAUAUAACUGACAGUCGGGUCAUAUUGAGUGCAUUAUAAUUGGGGCGGGGGGCGGGCAGAUAAAUUGAGUAUAACCCUUUUUACUGAAACCAAAAAAAACUCUUACUUAAAAGGCCCCAUCAGCUAGUUUACACUUCCUGACAUGCUAGUCUGUAUCAAUCACUUUGUUCAUGAGCUGUAUGUCUCACUCCAGCUGCUAGAGUUGUAUGCAACAUUUGGUCAAGAUUUCAGCUCACCCAACAUUUGGGCCAUUCCAUUUAUUAAGCGCACCCCCAUUAUUGAGGGUUUUCAAAAUAUACCCCCUGGAUAUUGCUUUAGUAAUAGGGUAUGUGCAUAGUAUGUGGAUUUCGACAACUUUUUAGGUAAAAAAAUUUUCCAGACGAGUAUGUUGCAAUUGCUUUCCAGGUACUUUAUCUCAAUUUUUCAUACAAAAUUUGCUGCAAAUUAGCCCCAUGGAUUUUAUUUUUAACUAUUACUGUACGUCUGUACUAAUAAUUGUUUACUGCCAUGGAUUUUUUAACUUUUUUAACAUUUCAUAUUUUUACUACCAUCAAAGAUUUAUUUUGUUUAAAUUUUUUCCAUUUGGAUUUUUAUUUGGAUUUUUUUAUAUUUACCCAUGGAUAUAUCUUGAAAAAUUUCUUUCUCCUAAUGGAUUUUGUUCUUUGGACCCCCUGGAUAUUCACAACCCUCAAUAGGGGAGGGGGGUGCACAUAUUAAAUGGUAUGGCCCUUUGGUAGGAGUGAGAUAAUAGGUGGUUUACCAACCAUCGGACAAUCUACAGGGGAGAGUUAAAAUUGGACUUUUAAAUUAGCCUCUCUUUCAUUUAUUGCGAGAUUGAGUCGACUUGCAAACUCGCUGCAAGUACUUUUACCCAAUCCCAAGGCUUGACAGUGUAUUCAAAUAGAUGCAAGCACUCGCCAGUAAGCACAUCAAAGCGCCAGGGACGAGGCUGCUCACAGCAGGCUUGUGUCAGUUGCGUGUGGGUUUUUGAAAUGAGUGGAAACAAGGCUUAAAUUUAGUCAUCGAAAAUUCUCCAAAACAAACUGGAAACAUGAUUGAGUUUGCAAAAUGUAAGGUGGCGGAUGUUGAGGAGUGCACUUAGUUUAUUGGCUUAAGGUUCAUUUCCAUUGGAGAAAUAUUCCAGCAUCUUGUAUAUUUUAGAAUUAGUGAUAUUAUACCUUUGGACGAAGCAAUUGAUAUUCUUGAAACAGUUGAUUAUAGUCGAAUGAUGCUCUGACAUUGCAUCAAGCCCUAGAAAUGGUUUCAAUAAACAUGACUUUGAUGCAGCCAUGCAGGUUUGUUUUAUAUUUGCUUCUGUUGUUGCAGGUCAGUAAAGUAUCAAACAAAUUAAGGGACCGAAUAAUUGUUAAUAUACAAAUACCUACUCAGUGGCGGACACUAGAGGGGGCCCGAGCCCCCCCCCCCCAAUAAUUUUGAAAGACUGUAAAAAUCUUGUACCAAAUAACAUAAAUCAUAUAACGUAAUUAAUUUUCAUAUUAAAUAGUAAAUAUUUUAUGAAACUUAAGCUAUGUGCAAUUGCCAUUUCCGGGAUACAAAUUUUAAAAAUUUUCCGCAUGCCCCCGGACCCCUGUAUAAUUCUUGUGUCUUCCCCCCCCCCCCAAUAUUUCAUAAAGUGUCCACAACUGUACUUUACUGUGUUCAGGUUCUAUGAAUGGAUUUAAAAGCAAAGACCUCAUCGAUUCUGCUCCGAUGAGUGCAUUGGAGAACGACAUUGACAUGACCGACAUUCAUGCUGCUGGCACAAAUGUAUCCAGGAAUAAAAAUGAGAAUGUAUGUGAUACAAGUCAAUAUGAGAGUGGAAAUCACUAUGUCUUUCAUCCAAUCAACGCAUGGGAGUUAUUUGAACAAGAGAAAAACCGACGUCAUAUUGUGACGUCUUGUGCCGAGAUGGACGACAUGUUGGGUGGGGGCGUUGAAACGGGAAAGAUCACUGAGUUUUGUGGAGAAAACGAAACUGGAAAAUCUCAAAUUAGGUAA